AUGGGUGGUCCAGUCCGGCCAUUGUCCAGCAAAGACUUGGUCCCCUCUCACACUUUUGUGGUUGACGAUGCGGGAGCGGAGGAUGCCGAACUUGUCAGGCAGCCCGCACACCAGUCUCUCUGGGCCACGACGCUGUUAAUCACCACUCUCUGUGGCGUCACGUUUGCGAGUAGCAUAACAACAGGUCUCCUCGCCGUUGCGACCCCUACCAUAGCUAAGGAAUUAAACAUGCCAAUAUAUAGGCUAGCAAAGCCUGCUUCGAUAUACGGUCUUACAUGUGGCUGCUCCCUCCUCAUCGCAGGGUCGGUCGCAGACAUUGUCGGGAGCCGCUACGUCUACAUCGCCGGCUGCCUUCUCCUGACGGGCUUCAUACUCGGCAGCGGUCUGGCACAAAACUCCACCCAACUCAUCGCCUUCAGGGCCGGCCAAGGCGUAGCUGCUUCCAUGUGCCUGCCGACAGCCAUCAGCCUGCUGGCCUCAUCUCUGCCCGUUGGCAAGCGCCGUAACGUUGGGUUUGCCUUCGCCGGUGCAAGUCAACCGAUAGGUUACUCGAUUGGCCUGUUCGUCGGAGGCUUCUUUGUCGACUCCGUCGGCUGGAGGUACGGUUGGUACAUGAGUGCCAUCGCAUCCUUUAUCGUAUUUCUGGCCGCCAUUUUUGGCAUUCCAAAACAAGUUCGAGGCUCUUCACCAAGCUCCACUCGGAAACGCCUCGUUUAUGACAUCGACUGGGUGGGUGCCAUCCUAGCAAGCGCGUGCUUAGGCAUGCUAUCGUAUGUUUUGGCGGUCGUAUCGGACGACAGCCAACGCAUCCAUGAUGCCACGCAAAUUGUCUUGCUCAGUAUUGCCGGAGCCUGCUUACCGUCGUUCGUCUUUUGGGUACAGCGCCAAGAGCAGCGUGGUAAACCAGCUUUGAUUCCAAAUUCACUAUGGAAGGAGCUGGCCUUCUCCUCCAUUUGCAUCAUGGUUUUCCUCACCUGGGCCAUCGUGCACAGUCUGGAGUACCUAUUCAGCCUCUUUUUCCAAGAGGUACAGGGAUUAUCCGCCGUGGAAACGUCUGUCCGCUUCAUUCCCAACGUCGUCAUUGGCAUUGUCCAGACGCUUGCCGUCGGCCUGGUCCUCCAUCGCAUAUCGGUGUAUUGGGUUGUUCUCAUAUCAUGCCUGCUAACUGCUUUGUCCCCGCUUUUGAUGGCUCUCAACGACCCGGAUUGGACCUACUGGUACGCUGGGUUCUGGGCUGUACUCUUGUCCCCCAUUUCAGGUGAUAUUUUGUUUGUUGUUUCGGCACUCAUUGUCACAAACAGCUUCCCCGACAGCACUCACGCUCUGGCUGGUGCCGUCUUCAACAUGCUCUCUCAGUUUGGUGCCUCGGUGGGCCUGGCUUCUGUUUCUCUCAUAUCCUCAACUGUGGCGAAACAAUCUCAUGCUCCAGCAGAUCUCCUUCAAGGGUAUCGUGCAUGCUUCUGGACUCUUCUUGGCGCUGCUAUCUUUACAUGCCUGGCAGGAGGCUUCGGACUUAGGAGAAUGUCUGAAAAGGGCAUGAAAAAGGAGUAA